AUGCUUCUUCAUAACCUCAAGGCACUUUUCUUUGUCUCCAUAGCUAUCAAUCGAUGUCGAGGUUCUGCUCGCUUAAUCAAGCAUCCUGACAAUUCAGAAACUAUUAUUCCCUUAAAAGAGCAUAAGCAGUCUUGUCCAAAGCAGGAGAAUUUGUUAGAAGUUCAUGCUCUUAAGGUCGAUUUAAAGGUCCGUGCUAAAGCAAUGCCAUUAGCUGGUCAAUUAUCUAAUGAAUACGACAAUUUAAUCGAGAAACAUCCUGUGGCAGCUCAAGAAAUUCCUUAUAAAACAGUGAGAAGUCAAAUGGGUCAUGAUUUUCGGGGAAAUCAGCCACAUAACCCAGUAAGCUUUUUAGCUUUUACCGAGUUUGUGACUUCUCCUAGAGGGAGAGAGUAUUUAAAAUAUACUCUCGCAAAUGAGCAAGGUGCCAAGGUUUCCUACCAAAUGAUGACUCUAAAUUUUGGAGAUACUUUUAAUCAAUGCUUAGCAUUUUACAAUGUUGAAUAUCUCAAUUACUUCGAUGGCUCUCAAAUAAAUAUCGACGGGACUUUUCGGUUUAAGCCUAAGUUCAAGCGUCAGCACCUCCAGCCGUAUCAACAUCUCAUUAUUUCAAGUGAUAUUAAUGGGAAGAUUUUUCCUGCCAUUUAUGUUCUGAUCCCUAACAAAAAAGAAGCCACGUAUAAAAGUGUACUUACGGAGGUGAAAAAUUCAAUUAUACCGAACUGGCAACCAAAAUUUGCAAUUGAGAAGAACUGGAAGAUGCAUGGCCUUACACCUCUAUCCAAAUCCUCUUUCAAGGCUCGGUGCUUAAAAAAAUUGAUAAUGGCUCUUCCUUUAGCUUCUGCAGAAGACAUACCAACUUUGUUCCUUAUUAUUGUGCUCCUUAUCCCACCACCUAUCAAUAAUGGGCUAGCAAUAAUAGGACCAGAAAAUCUCUCAGUUGCGGGUAAGGAUUCUUUACGAACCAAUAAUCCCUCAGAAUCGAUAAACAAGUCAAUCAAUAAGUUAUUGGGAUUAAAAAAAAAAUUGUCGCCGAUUUUUUUUACUCACACUGGACACUGGACACUGGACACUGGACACUGGACACUGGACACUGGACACUGGACACUGGACACUGGACACUGGACACUGGACACUGGACACUGGACACUGGACACUGGACACUGGACACUGGACACUGGACACUGGACACUGGACACUGGACACUGGACACUGGACACUGGACACUGGACACUGGACACUGGACACUGGACACUGGACACUGGACACUGGACACUGGACACUGGACACUGGACACUGGACACUGGACACUGGACACUGGACACUGGACACUGGACACUGGACACUGGACACUGGACACUGGACACUGGACACUGGACACUGGACACUGGACACUGGACACUGGACACUGGACACUGGACACUGGACACUGGACACUGGACACUGGACACUGGACACUGGACACUGGACACUGGACACUGGACACUGGACACUGGACACUGGACACUGGACACUGGACACUGGACACUGGACACUGGACACUGGACACUGGACACUGGACACUGGACACUGGACACUGGACACUGGACACUGGACACUGGACACUGGACACUGGGUAAUUUGGAGCAUUCAAACUCUUGA